GUCUUCAAGUAUGCGACUUUUGAACAUUAAUUCUUAGUCAUCUCUCUAAUCUUGACACUUCCGGCAGCAAGUGUUGAUAAACUUCCUCUUUCUAUGCAAAAAACUUUCCACGUGAGAACAGCGGACCCUUUUAGAGCUCUUUAAUGUGCAACACCCAUUCUGACAGCUUUAGUUUUGAAACAGCAAAAUGUUAACUUAGUAUGUGAAGCCUGUUUAAUACAAGAGACAUUAUUGUACAGAAGAUAACAUCACACUGCAUAUGAUCAGCAGAAGGGAAAUGAACACCAACCAUAUAAUCCUAAUUUUCUCCUAUGGACAAUUGUGGAGAUAACUUUCUACAGAGAUACAGAGGCCGCCAACAAACCUAUCGUCAACUAUUUUUCUGACACAAUCAAGGAGAACAUUGGUCAAUCUUGAAAAAAAAUAAAGGAAAUACAGCUCCCAGGUUCCUGUACCAAUCAAAUGAACUUGCCAUCUUACACAAAACUGAAGAGCCAUCAGCAGCUAUCAUGACACCUCAGACCACUACAACAGAAGAAAGUGAACCCAGUGAUGGGAGCUGGAUAGCUGCAAUGUUAAUUGGCAUAAUUUUGUGUGGUAUGAUGAUAGUUAUUAUCAUAAUUCUGCUGUGGAAAUGCUCAAAAAAGCCAACUCGAGUUGAUCCAAACUGGGCAGGUCGCUCUCCAUUUGCAGAUGGAGACACACCUGAUAUCUUUGUGGAGAAUAUUAAAGACAUGGAGAUGGCCACAAAACGUACAUCAGUUCUCUCUAUCUUGCCAUGGAAAUUUAACAAAAACACGCCCCUGGAUGAUUCUAAAAACUCUGAAUCAAAAGGCAGGCCUGAGAAGCCACCCAGCUGCAACACAAAGGAGAAGAGCAACCAAUCCACCCCUACACUAAAGGGAGGCUCUGGCCCAUUAGCCGACAACAUUUCGGUUUCCUCUUCAAAUAUUAUCAAUGGGCCCCCAUCUCCUGUUUCAGAUGGACUGGGUGAUGUAUGCGACCCUCCACUCAACCCAAUCCUUCCCCCACCUGAAUCACUUGAUCUGCCACCUCCACCUGAUGAAGUCCAGGAGAAUCACUGUCCUGAAAUCAGCAAAUCCCUUGAAUUUCAAUCAGAAGCACAGAGCCAGUUUCCCCCUCCUCCUGACUUACCCAAUCAAGAUACACUAAAGGGAGGUUCUGGCCCAUUAGCCAACAACAUUUUGGUUUCCUCUUCAAAUAUUAUCAAUGGGCCCCCACCUCCUGUUUCAGAUGGACUGGGUGAUGUAUGCGACCCUCCACUCAACCCAAUCCUUCCCCCACCUGAGUCACUUGAUCUGCCACCUCCACCUGACUGGCUUAACGAAGUCCAGGAGAAUCACUGUCCCGAAAUCAGCAAAUCCCUUGAAUUUCAAUCAGAAGCACAGAGCCAGUUUCCCCCUCCUCCUGACUUAACCCAUCAAGAUGUAAAUUGACCAUUGCUGCCACCACCAGCAUGACCAGACCCUGGAUAAAUUGAAGGAGCCUGCUUUGCAACAUACUUCACAUCCUUCUUAAAAGUGUUUUGAAGCAAAUGAUUACGUGAGAAGUGGAGAUAGAUAAGAACUAUAUGAAGUUACAGCUUUUAUUAAACAUCAGCUUUUUACAGAUGGAAACUGCCUACUGAUCUGUUUGAAACUAAUCACUUCAAUACAGGGUAUGGACGGUAGCUAAAGGAAAAAUCGGGACCAAGUACUUAAAUGGUGGUCUAGUAUUUACAGAUUUUAAAAGCUAUAGAAAAAGAAAUUUCAUAUAUACAGUUUUCAAAAUGCAAUGAGUCCAGCUUUAUAGAAAGACAGCUUCUAACUUUUAUGUUUGCUUUUCCGGGCUGUAUAACUUGAAUUAACAGUCACUUCAGCAGCACACUUCACAUUUAAUUUUAAUAAAAUGUUUGAAUACAAA